UCUUUACCUUUUAAAGAGUGUUCCAGCAUCGAUGGAUAAACUUUUCAUGCCGCUCCUAAACCACGCAGCCUUUAUAUUGGGGGGGAAACAUCGUGUCAAACGUUAUCCAUUUCUUCAACAGCAAGCCAAGCAAGCACACGCUUUUAUUCAACAUGACUAAGAGUGCCGCCAUUUUGAUUUUGUCCCUGUUGCUUGCAAUGUGUUCUGCUAAACCAGCUCCUCAAUUCGGUGGAUUCGGUGGAUUUUUCGGGGGUAGUGGUACUGGUGCUGGAGCUGGAACAGGCAAUGCAGGACCUGGCGGAGUUUCUGCAUCUGGAAUUGCCAUUUCCAGCGCUCAGAACGGUGGAUUUGGCACUGCCAGUGGGAGUGGAACUGCUUUCUCCAGUCCUUUUGGCAUAGCUGGAGCUACUGGAACAGGCAGUGGAUUUAGCUUUGGAAAAUGAACUCUAGAUUUUCAUUAAAUUUAAAUUACUAUAAGAAACCAUGUACAGAUAGUUAUUCAUAUAUUCCAUGCAUCUUAAGGUGAUUACACAUUUAUCAAAAAUG